UGUACGUAACGCGCUCCUUCAAAGCAUUCUCAUCGGAUAAAUCCAUGAUGGAACGUUCUUCGUCCAUGUUCGCUGGUGUUUAAACCGUGAAUAAGCAACUGGGCUGUUGACGUCAGGCCCGGCUCCGCCCAUUUUGUUGAAUGUGUGUCUGUCAAAAAUAGGAAAUAGCCUAUACCAUCCGGCGGGCUGCGGGACGCCGGAGAUGGUCCGCAGUCGACCCGGAGCUCUGACGCGGCCGGUAUACGUUGAACAAUAGGAUAUAAUGGGAACGGAUUGGCUCCGGCGCUUUUUUUAUUGGAAUCGGAACGAUGAUGCAUCUGAUGUAUUUGGGGCCUAACAGAUAACAACCAAUUUAAGAAAUGCUUGUGUUUGGCUGCCAUUGAUGUCCAAAGUAUUUAAAAAGACAUCACUGAAGCAGCUCUUCACCCGGAGAAGCACGACAACCCCCUGUGUUGUACAGGAGUUUGAGUUAGAGAUGCUGCACAUCAAACGGGAGAUGAAGCCACAGACCCCCAGCAUUGAAGAAGAACAGGAAGCUGAAAUCUCCAAGUUUCCAAUGACUGUCAUUGUGAAGAGUGAAGAAGAUGAAGGUGCAAGCGAAGAGAGCGGAGCAGGGAAACCUUCGAGCGAUUGCUCGUUUCAACACCAGACAGCAAAAGACAUCACAGUGCAAGAUCUUCACUCUCAGAAGCAUGACCCCGCCGAUGUCAAACUGGAGGAGGAGUCCGAGAUUCCAAGUAUCAAACAGGAGGUGGAACCAGUGACCCCUGGUAUUAAAGAAAAAGAACAGCAAGAUGAAAUCCCCAAGUUUCCAAUGACUGUCAUUGUGAAGAGUGAAGAAGAUGAAGGUCUAAGCGAGGAGAACAAAGCAGCGAAACCUCUGAGCGACCGCUCAUUUCAACACCUUGCAGCAAAAGCCGAGGGACGACCACAACCGGAUGGCCUCGUAGCACUGCUCUCGGACAUGGACGAUGUAACAUCACACUCCUCUGACUUUAACCCUGAUGAGGAGGAUGUUGACUUUGACCAAAAUGUUUCAAAAUUCUCAAGCAAGUCAUCACUGGAAAGAGAAGCCAAAAAGUACGUGGGUGAGAAACCUUUUGCCUGCUCACUUUGCGAUAAAAGAUUGACAACCAAGUUAAAUUUAAUCAAACACAGAAGAACACACAUUGAAGAGAAGCCUUUUGCCUGCACAUGUUGUGGUAAAAGGUUUUCUCGGAAGCAAGCAUUAACGUCACACACCUAUACACACACUGGAGAAAAGCCGUUUGCCUGCUUAGUUUGUGGUAAUAGAUUCACCCAAAAGGGGAAUUUAAAAAUGCACAUUAGAACACACACUGGAGAAAAGCCUUUUGAGUGCUCACUUUGCGAUAAACGAUUUUGUACGAAGCCAGAAUUAACAAGACACACAAGAAAACACACUCGAGUGGAGCCUUUUGAUCAAAUUUCUCGGAAGAAUCAGUUAACAAGACACUUCUGCUCACUUUGUGAUAAAAGUUUCACGGAGAAAGGAAAUUUAAACAAACACAUAGCGACACACACUGGAGAGAAACCUUUUGUCUGCACAUUUUGUGGUAAAAGAUUUUUUCACAAGCAAGCGUUAACAACACACACGCAAACACACACUGGAGAAAAGCCUUUUGCCUGCUCAGUUUGUGGUAAAAGAUUCACCCAAAAUGGGAAUUUAAAAAUACAUAUCAGAACGCACACUGGAGAGAAGCCUUUUGACUGCUCACUUUGCGAUAGACGAUUUCGUACGAAGCCCGAAUUAACAAAACACACAAGAACACACACUGGAGAGGAGCCUUUUGUCUGCACAUGUUGUGGUAAGAGAUUUUUGGGGAAGCAAGCGUUAACAACACACACUCAAACACACACUGGCGAAAAGCCCUUUGUCUGCUCAGUUUGUGGUAAAAGAUUCACCCAAAAGGGGAGUUUAAAAGCACACACAAGAUCACACACUGGAGAGAAGCCUUUUAACUGCUCACUUUGCGAUAAACAAUUUUAUACAAAGCAAGAUUUAACAAGACAUAUGUAUACACACACUGGAGAGAAGCCUUUUGUCUGCACGUGUUGUGGUAAAAGAUUUUGCCGGAAACGAGAGUUAACAUCACACACGCGUACACAUACUGGAGAGAAACCUUUUGCCUGCUUACUCUGUGGUAAAAGAUUCACCCAGAAGGCGCAUUUAAAAAUACACACAAGAACACACACCGGAGAGAAGCCUUUUGACUGCUCACUCUGCGAUAAACAACUUUGUUCGAAGCAAGAAUUAACGUCACAUAUGCAUACACACACUGGAGAAAAACCUUUUCUCUGCUCAGUUUGUGGUAAAAGAUUCACCCGGAAGGGAGACCUAGCAAAACACACCAAAACUCACACUAUGGAGGAAUGUUUUUCCUGAGCAGUUUGCUGUAAAAGAUUCACUCGCAAGGGACAUUUAGGGUGCUUUCACAUUAGACCAAGAGGACCAGGGUCCGUUCGGAGAGCUUACUUCGGAUCAAAACUUGUUGAAAAGGUUCAGCAUUCAUACUACGCCAACCGAACUUUCUGAGUAUCACCAUGUGUACAAAAGACGCACUCAUUGAUCAGACAAAUAGAAGAGGAAAUACCUCCGUCCUGGGAGGGGAGGGAGCGUGGAGCGUCACAGCGUGGUGCUGCGAUGCUGCACGUGAUGUAGCAUACAAUGCUGUUUUUUGGCAGCCCUUUUCAUUUUCGUCUUGGUCUUUUGGACGAAAAUGCUUAUUAGUCUUAGUCAUAUUUAAGUUAUUUCAAAAUGUGUUUGUCUUCGUGUAGUGGCCAGAAAUGGAACAACAAUAUAAAUAAAACCUAAUACAUACAGGCUUCUUCUGAAUAAACUGAACAGGAGGCUAGGACAUGAUAAAAACGUAUAUAUUUGAUAUAUACAGCUAUUUAUUUGACUGAAUCGGGCUACUUCUCUAUCUGUUGAGGUUGUUCCAGGUCUGACUGCUUUUCGCUAUUUUACGUCUGAAUGUUGGCAUUUGAAAUACUUUGAUUCUGCCCUUUCCUAUGUUGUUGUUUGUACAAUUUCCAAACUUUAUCUGAAUAGUUUCAGGGAUGAUGUCUUUUUUAGGGUUGUGUAUUGUAAUAUUUUACAAUCUGAUUAACUAUAGAAUUACUGGACCUUCUUCUGUACUUCUAUACUUCUAUUACUAUUAAAUAUUUUCU